AUGGCGUUCUUCAAGCCCGCCGCCGACGCACCCAAUACCGCCACCUCGAACGCCAACACCAACGCCGACACCACCGGGGACCAAGUCCCGGCCAACACGCCCGCCAGCACCGACGGCAUUACCAAAACGGCCGUCCUCGACGGCGGACAGCAACAGCAGCAGCAGCAGCUCGGCCGGCUCGCCAAGAGCGCCGGAGCCGAGCACGAGCGCCACCCGGACAAGAGCGCGGCGCGGGAAUGGGGCGGCGUCCGCGCUGCCCACGGUGCGGAGGCGCUAGGACGGGAGGAGGAGGAUCAGGGAGACGAAGCGUUGCAGUCGCAGGACGAUGGCGCCGGCGGUGGGGUCGAGGGUGCUAAGCUGAAGGAUAUCAAGAAUGGCGGCAGCAACAAGAAGAAGCCGGCUACUCGGAGCGGCGGCGGUGUGCUACCGCCGGAACUGUGA